AUGGAAGACGAAGAAAACCCUCAAUUAGAUGAUAGUAUUGAUAAUGAAAAUGUUGAUAAUAAAAAUAUUGAUAAUGAAAAUGUUGAUAAUAAAAAUAUUGAUAAUGAAAAUAUUGAUAAUAAAAAUAUUGAUAAUGAAAAUGUUGAUAAUGAAGAUAUUGAUAAUGAACAUAUUGAUAAUGAACAUAUUGAUAAUGAAAAUAUUGAUAAAGAAAAUAUUGAUAAUGAAGACAUUGAUCAAGAGAUGAUCGAAUUAAAUGCAAUAUUUUCAAGAUUUAAAGAUGAUCCUAAUGAAGAUUUUAUUAAUGUUAAUCGUUUAACACAAGUUUUACAAGCAUUUGGUAGAAAUCCUUCAUUAAAAGAUUCUGAACAAAGAAUUAAUGAACUUGAAGCAGCUGAAAAAUUUGAAUUAACACUUGAAGAUGUUUUACAAAUAACCAAUGAAUCAUGGACAGCAAUUAAUAAUGAUCGUGAUGGUCUUCGUCAAGCUUUAGAAAAAUUUGAUCCUACACAAGAAGGUUAUAUUGAUAUUGAAAAAUUUCGGACAAUAAUGACAACACUUGGUGAACCAUUAACAGAUGAAGAAUUAGAUGAUCUUAUUCAAUUAGGUUUAAAUGAUGAACAAACAAAAAUUAAUAUUGAUUAUUUACUUGAUCAAUUACUUGGCAACAAUACAUAA